AUAUACUCACAUCACAAUAUCCCGAUGGCUCUGGGUCUGGAAGAGCGGCCGGACCCGAGCCAACGGGCCUGAUGAAACCACUCUCAACGAGCCGCCCCCGCCCUACCCCAUCCGGGCCAACCCGUGCCCGGCCGCCUAGCAUCUGCUGGGCAGGCCGGGCCGCCGGCCCGUCGCGCGGACCGCCUGUGGCCCGCGCUGGACGGGCCGGUGGUCAGGGGGCGCCGCCCCGCGGUGAUAGGCGCAAGGCGGCGCGGGCGGGGGCAGAGACUGGGCCGGAACAGCCGACCAGGCCUGAAACUACAUCAACCGACGAGAUCAACCGACAUCAACUACAUCACAAUCCAGACAAGCACAUCCGAGAAUCUAAAGCUGCUGUUUUCUGUUGCACUAAAAUGGCAUCAAAAAGCUCCAAGCCGGCCGGCGGCGCGGAGCAGACGGAACACCUCAGCAACUGUCUGAAGGUGUUCAUCCAGCGCGACUACUCUGAGGGCACGGCCGUCCGCUUCCAGAGCACCAUGCCCCCAGAACUGGAGGGAAGGAUCGAGCCGGCCAUGUUUGACAACACACUGGCGACCAUUAACGAGAUAUUCAUGGAGGCUGAGGAGCUGAACUGCGCCACCUACUGCGAGGGCUGCCUGGCCUGCCUGACCGCCUACUGUAUCUACACCUGCAUGGACCCGCACUACGAUAAGUGCGUCAAAAAAUGUUCACGCUACAUCGUGGAGCAGAACGAGCGCUACUGGCUACCGCGGGGCCUGCUGAUCACCGACCCCAUAGAGCGUGGCCUGCGGGUGAUCGAGGUAAGCGUCCUCAAUGAGCCAGCGCCCCAGCGGUGACGGGCCGGCGCCUCUCCUGCUGGCAACCCUGGUGCCGCCUCUGCUGCCCCCUGUCGGCACCCCUUGCACCGCCUGUGGCAGUCCGACCGCCUGUACCGCCGCCCAAAGGUGACUUGGAAGUGCGUGCGGUGUCGUAAUCUGCCUGGCUGGGCUGAAGGAGACCGCAGAACCGCCUAUUGACUUGGAUUUGUGUUGGAGUUGAGAGGCGGGGACAGGCGGCGGAGUGAGUGUCUUGGAGUGGAGGGUGAAGGGAUUUGGGACGGUUCAUGGCGGCUGGGUCUGAUUCGGUGGCGUCCCCGAUCGGGGGAGUUUGCGAUGGACUAGGGUGUCAACACUGAACAGGACACUAAAAAAUCCUGACGACUGUGGAAACAGCUGUCCUCUGCGACGGAUCGGAGUCGGGAAAAGGACUGCGUGAACAGAGCUUUAUAUACUGGACGGUCGCUGCUCGAGGACAUAUUGAGCGCCCGGACAGCAGAUAGACUGAACUCUUUCUUCCCGGAGCGCCACUAGGAGAUUAAUACUGGUGGCAAUGUGGUCAGUGGUGGACGAAGGGACUCGGAAAUGCAUUGAUUGCUGUUGUCGGCGUCCUAGUGGAUACUAAAUGCCUGGUGUUGCAUGUAUGUAUCUCGAUCAGCACACAAUAUGGUGGGAAGAGUUGUGCGCCUCGAACUUGUGUGAUCUGGAGACUGGAGAAGCUGAGCUGAGAAUCAUUUGCUGUUGAUUUUAUGUUUUUCUCUCAGCUCCUUGAUAAUAUACCGGAGUUCAUGGUUACUUUUUAGGAACGCGUCCAUCAGAUCUGUUGGCGAGGCGACAAUGACAAUGUUUUGACGGUUGGUGGAAUUACAAGUGUGAAGGCCUACCACCAGGUGGCAGGCUGCUCGCUCCGUGGGGCUCUGCUGUUGUGUGAUGCCCGGAGUCCGACGAGUGGUGUUCUCAGCUGCUAGAUGGGGCGGACCGCUGAUGUUUCUGACGUCAGUUUCGUGUGAUGUGUCGUCAGUUGCGUUCUGAAAAAUGACUGUUUGACGCUGAAUCGCUGCUACCAGUUAAUUUGAUGGAAAUCCAUUGUGAAGACUCGUAACUUUGUGUCCUUGAUUAAUUGUGGCUACUGGCUAAUACAUGUACGUUAAUGUCUGCAAA